AUGCACGAAAAGUCUGUAAAUCACAGAAAUGCUUUUAGAGCAUGGAAAGAAUUGGACAUUCGAUUGAAGCAGAAAAAAACUAUUGACGCUGAAUAUCAACGAAUUAUGGAUAUGGAACUUCAGCAUUGGAGAGGAGUUAUAAAAAGAAUUAUGUCAAUAAUUAAACUAUUGGCCUCACAAUGUUUAGCUUUUCGUGGAUCAACUAAACAUUUGUUUCAACCUAAUAACGGGAACUUCCUAAAGUUGGUAGAAUUACUUUCUGAGUUUGAUCCAGUUAUGGAAGAACAUAUCAGGAGAGUUCAACGAGAGUCUGAUAAAUGUGAUUCAACCGGAGAAGGUUUGGCAAAACUUAUUCUGACACAUUUGGAAAAAUUAGGUUUUGCGUUAAAGUGGCUUAGGGGACAAGGCUAUGACAACGGAGCCAAUAUGAAAGGAGUAAGAAAGGUUUCGAAGCUUUUGCAAUCUGUUACUAUAAAUAUAUCAGAUUGUGUAAGGAUGCUAUCAGAAACUAUAAAAAAAGUGAAAAGUUAUAGACAAUCUGGAUAUAUUCAGAUGAAAAUUGCUGCAAAGGAGAUAGCUGAGAAUCUCGAAUGCAGUACAGAAUUUCCUGAUGACACUGAAGUUAGACCCAGAAGGAAAAAGCGUCAAUUUGACUAUGAAAAAGCUGUCGAUGAACCCUUAACAGAGGAGAAAAAAUUUAAAAUAAACUUUUUCAACUAUAUUCUGGACAUUACCCUUAAUUCUCUGAAUGAACGAUUCACGCUUCUGGAAACCCAUAGCAAAAAAUUUCAGUUCUUAUAUGACAUUUUAAAACUCAAGGAUAUAGAUGACAAAACGCUAGAAAAUUAUUGUUCCAGUCUUGAGUUUAUACUUUCGGUUGAAAAUGAAACAGAUAUAAAUGCAAAUGACCCUAGAGAAGAACUGCGUGAUGUAUCCAGAAUGCUACCAUAUUCUACGAAACCUUUGGAUGUUUUAAAUUAUUUAUGCCAAAAUAGCUUAAUUAGUUUGUAUCCAAAUACUGUUGUAGCUCUGAGAAUUUUAUUAACUCUCCCUGUAUCUGUAGCUAGUGGGGAAAGAAGUUUCUCCAAACUAAAAUUAAUAAAAAACUACUUAAGAAGUUCAAUAGGACAAACAAAACUUAAAAUCUGGCAUUAA